AUGCAGCGUUUCAGGGAAGGCAUCCACAUACGCACCAUGAAGGCCAAGAGGAAAGUGGAGGAGAUUUCUAAAGAGGACGUCAAAACUUUCUUGAAAAAGAACGCCUUUGUUCUCUUCACAGUUGGUGCAGUUAUUGCAGGUAUUAUUCUGGGAUUUGCCUUGCGCCCUUAUAAGAUGUCUUAUCGAGAGAUGAAAUACUUCUCUUUCCCGGGAGAAUUAUUGAUGAGAAUGCUACAGAUGCUUGUCCUACCCUUGCUGAUUUCCAGUCUAAUAACAGGAAUGGCCGCUUUGGACAGCAAAGCCUCAGGGAAGAUGGGCAUGAGAGCUGUGAUUUACUACAUGACCACUACUUUCAUCGCAGUCUUCAUUGGCAUUCUUGUUGUCCUCAUCAUCCACCCAGGAAAGGGGUCUAAAGAUGAAUUUGGAAAACAGCAGAAAAUAGAGCAAGUCAGUCCUGCGGAUGCGUUUUUAGAUCUGAUCAGAAAUAUGUUUCCUCCAAACCUGGUCCAAGCUUGCACACAACAGUUUAAAACCAAAUAUGGAAAGCGAACUGUUCAUGUGACAGUGACAGUGACAGUGAACGACACCCUCUUCAACACGACCAACGGCACCCAGGAGGUGAUGGAGAUCAGCCGAGAGGAAGUGAUUCCAGUGCCCGGUCAGGUGAAUGGCGUAAACGCGCUCGGGCUGGUGGUCUUCUCGAUGUGUUUCGGGCUAAUAAUUGGCAACAUGAAAGAACAAGGCCAGCUUCUGAGGGAUUUCUUUGACAGCCUCAAUGAAGCGAUCAUGCGCUUGGUUGCCAUCAUCAUGUGGUAUGCCCCCAUUGGUAUUUUGUUUCUAAUUGCAGGGAAAAUAGUGGAGAUGGAUGAUCUGACACAGAUGGGGGGCCAGUUGGGAAUGUAUACCAUCACGGUUAUCAUCGGCUUAAUGAUCCACGGCGUUCUAAUUCUGCCCACUCUAUAUUUUGUCAUCACUCGGCAGAACCCUUUCAUUUUCAUUGCUGGUCUUCUACAAGCUCUGGUCACAGCAUUGGGCACCUCCUCCAGCUCUGCCACACUCCCUGUCACCUUCAAAUGUCUUGAGGAGAACAACAAAAUUGACAAGCGAAUCACUCGCUUUAUUUUGCCGGUGGGGGCUACCAUCAACAUGGACGGUACCGCCCUAUACGAGGCUCUGGCAGCUAUUUUUAUUGCUCAAGUCAACAACAUGGAGAUGAACUUCGGUCAAAUAAUCACAAUCAGUAUUACAGCGACUGCGGCAAGUAUUGGUGCGGCUGGCAUCCCACAAGCAGGCCUGGUCACUAUGGUGAUUGUAUUGACCUCUGUUGGACUUCCAACUGAUGACAUCACUCUAAUCAUUGCGGUCGAUUGGUUCCUGGACCGUCUGCGUACCACCACCAAUGUUUUGGGGGACUCGAUUGGAGCGGGCAUUGUUGAGUUCCUCUCCCGCAACGAACUCAGCAGCAAAGACGUGGAGAUGGGAAACUCUGUGCUCGAGGUGAAAGAGAGGAAGAAGCCUUACAAGCUCAUCUCACAAAAUAGCGAUUUGGAAAAUAACAGGAAUGCUGCAGCUCUGACUGAUGGACAAUCGGGCUCUUAGUCACCUCCCUGACUAGGUUAAGACAACUGCAGCAAUCUACAGACACAUCAUGGAUGACUGGAGGAGGUCUCUGGAGACCGUUAAGUCUGGGUUUCCCGGCUAAGACUGCCAAACCUGAGAUCCAGAACUGGAUAAGUGGAAGAAAAUGGAUGGAGGAAAUUAAUGAAAUGUAAAUAUAUUUAUAUAGAUGCAAUGAUCUUUUCCUAAGGUGUGGUUGUAUGUAAUUCUAUGGCAGGCUGUAUACAACAUUACUAUUUUAUAAUACUAUUAUUUCAUACAUAGCUAGCUUGAAAAAAACGUGUGGCUAUUGACAUUUUUAAUCAAUGCAGUUCCUUUUCGGGUGAGACAAAUAAAUACUAUAUAAAAGGUUGAAAGAUUGUUUUUUCAUUGAAACAUUGAAUGUUCAUUGUUGUAUUAAUUUUAUUCAUCAAUAUUUUAUACAAUAUUAGAAGUGGUAAAUGUUUGUCAUUGUGUGGAUGGGUGAUUAUAAUAAAACUAAUUAAAUAAAUGA